ACGACAGAAAGUCGACGCAGGAUAAUCCCUCUUGGCUUUUUCACUCUCACUCUGAUCCUGAAAAGCCAAAACCCUUAAAUUCUAUGGUCUUCUGAGUGAAUGGCUUCAGCUCUUUUUGCACGGACUCUCUUGGGUCAUCGCCUUUUUCACUCUUCUGCACGCCCCCUAUCUCAAAAGCCCCAAAUCCUCACUUCCCUGCUCAAUAAAGGAUCUGAUCUCUUGCGAGCUGACUCUACCUUUACAAAAUAUCGAAUAUCUGGUUUAGUACCUCGUGUUAUGGCUUCGACAGUAGCUGGGGUAAAAGCAGAUUUCUCAACACAGUCGGCAUCUACAAAUGAGCCAGUUGUUUCUGUUGACUGGCUCCAUGCUAAUCUCAAGGAGCCUGACCUUAAGGUUGUGGAUGCAUCUUGGUACAUGCCUGAUGAGCAAAGGAAUCCAAUUCAAGAAUAUCAGGUUGCUCAUAUUCCUGGUGCCCUUUUCUUUGACGUAGAUGGAAUAUCAGAUCGCAUAACAAAGUUACCACAUAUGUUACCAUCUGAGGAAGCCUUUGCUGCUGCUGUUUCUGCUCUUGGCAUCGAGAACAAAGACGAUCUAGUUGUAUAUGAUGGGAAAGGGCUCUUUAGUGCAGCUCGUGUGUGGUGGAUGUUCCGAGUGUUUGGCCAUGACAGAGUCUGGGUUUUAGAUGGCGGCUUGCCAAGGUGGCGUGCAUCUGGAUAUGACGUUGAAUCUAGUGCUUCUGGUGAUGCGAUUUUGAAAGCUAGUGCUGCCAGUGAGGCAAUAGAGAAAGUAUACAAGGGACAGCCAGUUGGUCCAACCACAUUUCAGACUAAGUUUCAGCCACAUCUUGUAUGGAAUCUUGAGCAGGUUAGAAAGAAUAUUGAGGAAAGAACUCACCAACAUAUAGAUGCACGUUCAAAGGCCAGGUUCGAUGGAACUGCUUUGGAACCUCGGAAAGGUAUAAGAAGUGGUCAUGUACCUGGAAGCAAGUGCAUUCCUUUUCCCCAGUUGUUGGAUGCUUCAGGGACAGUCUUACCAGCAGACCAGUUGAAAAAGAAAUUUGAUGAAGCAGGCAUCACAUUGGAUAGCCCUAUUGUUACUUCGUGUGGCACGGGUGUAACUGCUUGCAUUCUCGCAUUGGGUCUUCAUAAACUUGGUAAGUCUGAUGUGGCAGUCUAUGAUGGGUCUUGGACCGAGUGGGGAGCACAUCCCGACACACCUGUCGACACUUCCACUUCUUCGUGAUAGUGUUUCUCGAAGCUUGUUGGUAUAAUGAGCAGAAAUUGGUAGGCCUAGUUAAGGCUCUGAAUCUCUGAUUGCCUGGUCUGGUACACUGAUUACGACGAAAGAGCUUGUAUCUCAGUUAAACAUCCUGUUAAAAGUAGUAUUUAUGUGUUUUCAUUGUUAAAAUGUCCAGCUCUAGUCCUCUUCUGUGUCAUCUGUAACAAUGAUUUUAUGCGAAUAAUAAAUCUAUGCAACAGCAUGAAGAGGUUACCGUUU